ACGCACGCGCCACUCACUCGCCGACCGAACGAAGAGCAGCGGAUAAUAAUAUUGUACAGUGUGAAAAACGCCGAAAAUCCCCGCGUAUCGUUUUAUACACACGCACGCACGGAACGUAUACGCGUUUUCGGUUAAUUAUAUUAUUAAUUUUAUACCUAAUUGUAUCGAUAAAUUGUUAUUUUUUUUUUAUUAUUUUAAUAAUAUUAUUAUUAUUACUACUGUAUACCGCGACGCCGCCGAAGCCGUAUCGCACGCACGCACGGGCGCCGCCUUACCGCACGUACGUUUCGUAGUCGUGGUCACGUCGUUUGUCGUCACUCGCCGUAUACGCGCACCGUCGAAACCGCCACCAACGGCACGCCGAGAACGCCUCAUCGCCGCUCCGACACCGCCGCCGCCAUAAACCGCGCACCACCCAGACACGCGACGACGAGUCAUCAACACCGUCACACACCCGCACACACACCGUGCACAGCAAUGGACGAUCUUAAGGUCGAGGUGCUCUUCGAGAACGGCGCCUAUUACGAGGGUUUUGUCACUGGUGUAAUGGAAAAUGAAGUUCUUGUUUCUUUUCCCAAUGAUUGGUAUCCUGAAACUAAAUUCAACUGUGACAAUGUUCGUCUUCCCUUGUCAGAUGAACAAUGUAGUACAGAAUUUAGCGAUAAUCAAGAAAUAGAAGUAAAAUCAGUCAGAGAACCUCAUCCUUGUUAUGGAUGGGUAAAAGCCGUGAUAAAAAUUAUCAGUGGUAACCCACCAUCUCAGUUUGUUGUUCAAUAUUUCAACUCAACAGUUACAGAAAUAGUCUCUCCUGAUCGAGUCAGAUGCAGUAACAUAAAUUCUCACAUUAAUGGAGAUACAUUUUAUAAGUUCGAUAUUGAUGUACCAGAAGAUGUUAGAGAGUCUGCUAAGAUUGAUGGUAUCCACAAAGAUCUGCAGAAAGCAAUUGGUGCAUCUCUAGUGUUAUAUAAUCCUGAUCAAUCAGUAUUGAGUGUUAUAUCUCGAUCGCCGUUGACCAGUAAAAGGGCAUUGAUGUUAGCUGACAUGCAUUUCAGAAACCUGAAUCAAAAGGUUAUGUUGCUUAAGAAGACUGAAGAGUUAGCAAGGCAACUGGAAAGUUCCAAGCUACAGAUUACAUCAUCAUCAUAUACUGAUGAAUUUAAUGUUCGUGAUGAUCUUAUGGGUUUAGCUAUUGGUGCUCAUGGCACUAACAUCCAACAAGCUCGCAGGGUUGAUGGUAUUACAAAUAUUGAAUUAGAUGAACAUACUGGUGUUUUCAAAAUUUAUGGAGAAAAUAAAGAUGCAGUAAUGAAAGCCCGAGGAAUUUUAGAGUAUAGGGAAGAGUUUCUUCAAGUUCCAAGAGAUUUUAUAGGGAAAGUAAUUGGUAAAAAUGGUCGAAACAUCCAAGAUAUUGUCGACAAGAGUGGAGUGAUCAGAGUAAAAAUUGAAGGUGAUAAUGAGCCACAACCUACCAUUCCUCGUGAAGAGGGUCAAGUUCCUUUUGUGUUUGUUGGCACAGUAGAAAGCAUAUCUAAUGCUAAAGUUCUACUAGAAUAUCAUUUAGAACACCUUAAAGAACUUGAACAAAUUAGGCAAGAAAAAAUGGGAAUGGAACAAGAGUUACGUAGUAUUCACAGUACUGGGCCAGCUUAUCCACAUACCAUGAUUCCCAAUUAUACGAUGCAAAGGCGAAAUGACCGUAACUUUAAUGCUGACAGUGAAAACAUGAAUAAUGGCUUGGGUAACUCAAUGGGAAGAGGAAGUAAUAGGCCCAGAGGUACCUCAGGUCGUGGUCGAGGUUCAAGGCAUGAUUUUUAUACCAAUAGUGGUAGUAGAAAUCAACAUCCAGAUGGAGUUGAUGAUAGACUUCCACCACCUCCUCAACGUUCUAAUCAAUACAUGUACAACCGAUCAAUUGGUCAAGGAAACAAUUUAUCCAGAGAACGUCGUGGUGGUAGUAGUAAUUCAGCUCCCAGAGGUUCCAGAGGUGGUGGAAACAGGCGAAUGGACGAUAGAAGAAGAACAGCUGAUGAUGAGCAUACAAUUCUUGAUAAUGCUCAAGACAGUGGUGAUAGAGAGUCUGUAUCUAGUGUGGACGCGCAAGUACCGAAGUCCAAAAGCAGUCAAAAACGAAGAAAUCGCGCCAUAGCUGCUGCUCAAGGUGAACCAUCAAUCAAUUCUAAUCCCAUUAGUAGUACUGACUGGGUGUAUGACUUCACCACUGAUGACAAUAAAAGUGAAACAAUCACCACGUCUCAGACUACCAACAAUGGAACUACUAAUAAUGGUAAUGCUAACAACGGGAACUCCAAACCAGCUAAAUCUCAAAAGUCCAAAGGUCAACAGAACAAGUCUCCUGCAAAGAACAAGUCUAAUAACACCACAACAUCAGCUGCUAAUGGACAGCAAGUCAUAGUAAAUGGCACGUCUUCUGCCUAAAGUUUAAAACCUACUAAUAUAACAUCCAAAAGAAACAUAAAGUUAAUUUUCUGUUUCUAAAAAAAAAAAAAAAAAAUAAAACAUUUUUCGUGGUGUAAAGAUUUCAAACCACAAAUAUUUAAAAAAAAAUAAUAAUUAACAACAAAAGAUAGCAUCUUAAAAAUGUGUGGGAAUUAAUGUAAUUGUAUUAGAAUUCUUUUCUGCACUUAUAGAUAUUUAUAUUUUUUAUUUUCUCAAUGUAUAAAUAGUCAUGUUAAAUACAAAAAAAAAGUUAUAUUUGAAAUCUGCUUUCUUAAUGCAUGACACAAUAUACACAUAUUUAUAUACAAAUAUAUAAAUAUAACAACAAAUUAGGUUUUUUUCCCUAGAAGACCUUGAUAUUGAGAUUUAUUAAGUGUUAGCAAAAAUUUAAAUAUCUAUUUAUCAUGUUUGUCGGCGAGUAAAUGGGCUUAACAGAUUAUUUCUAACAAAUUAAAAUUAAAAAAAAAACAUUAUUUAUUUAUAUAUAAUUUUUUUAUAUUAACAGUGUGUUCUAUAUGAUUUUGUUUGAAAUUAAAAUUUCAAAUAAAAAUUCUCACAAAACAAUUUUUAAAAAAUAUAUUCAUUACUAUAUCCUUGAUAUUCGUAGACAUUUUAUAAAAAAAAAUUCUUAAAUAAUAAUUUAAAAAAUAUAAUAUUAUUUUGAGAAAUAAAUCAAUAUAAACUUUUAUUGAUAAAUAUUAUAUAAUAUAAUAAUACAACAAUAAUAAUAAUUAUCAUAAUGAAUUUAUUUAUACUUAAAACAAAAAUAUAGUAAAUUAGAUUUGUUACACGCAGUAAUUGACGGUCAUAAUGUCAAAAUCGUGUACGUAAAACAAAACAAAAAGAAAACAAUAAAAACAUCCAAUAAAAUGAUCUUUAAAUAAAUAGUUUUUUUCACUUGUAUUAUGCAAAUAUGCAUUUAUUUUUUGCGUACACUAUUAAACAAAUCCAACAUAUUUGGUUUUGUUUAUUAUCAUAGGUACUUAUUUAUUUAUUAUUUUUUAAAACUAAUAUUAGUAGUUCUAUAAUGAUUUAAUUAAUAAUUAUGUUAAUAGCAUUUUUUUUAAUGCAUGAAUUAAUAGGGUGUGCAGUCCAUAUAAAAUUGUUCAUUAGGCUACAAUUUAUUCAAUCGUAGUACACGAUUAACGUCAUAUCUGUACUAAAUUUUGUCAAAGUCGUUGUAACGAACGGACAACAAUUUGAUCGUGUCUUAUUAAUAAGUAAAACUUAUCUGCGAGUAGAAGAUCACUCAUUAUGUCUUAAAUGUCUAAUUAUUAUGUCUCACUAAGUGAAUGAUUCGAGUAAUUUUGGCACCUUGUUUAGUGGAUUCUGCUGCAAUUGUCCAGCAUUAUUAUAUAUUGUGACUUUUUCAUUGAUGUAUACAUAUAUAUUAUAUUAUGUAAUAUAUAUAUAUAUUAUAUUACGAUCAUUAUAAAUUAUACAUGCCUAUCUCUUAUAUAUAUGUUUAUAAAUGUAUUAAUAUAUUAUACGUGUAUACUAUAUAUUAUAUACAUAAAUUAUAUAAGAUAAAAGGUAAUACAUCCUCAUAUACUAUUAGUUAUAUAGUAUAAUCUACUGAAAUACAUUAUUAUAAUUUUUUUUUUGCAUAAUAAAUAAAUUGUACAUUUUUGAAAUAAUUUA